ACAGCGGGGAAGAAAAAGAUUUUAUCAUAAUCAGUUAGUAUUUGUAAACCAAAAACCCUAAUCAAUCAAUAAAGAUGGUGCUCGCAGAACUAGGGGGAAGAAUUUCGGGUGCUGUUCGGCAGAUGAGCAAUGAGAUAAUUAUAGACGACAAGGUUUUGAAUGAUUGUUUGAACGAGAUUACGCGAGCUCUUAUCCAAUCCGACGUUCAGUUCUCCAUCGUUUGCGACAUGCAGAAGAAUAUCAAGAAAAUCGUCAAGUUAAACGAUGUCGCCGCAGGCCACGACAAACGCAAAAUUAUCAAACAGGCUAUUUUCGGCGAGCUAUGCAGGAUACUGAAUCCGGGGAAGGCUUCAUUCACUCCAAGAAAAGGGAAAACUAGUGUUGUUAUGUUUGUUGGUUUGCAAGGGUCGGGGAAAACGACAACUUGUACGAAAUAUGCACACUUCCACCAGAAGAAGGGAUGGAGACCUGCUUUGGUUUGUACAGAUACAUUCAGAGCUGGUGCUUUUGAUCAGUUGAAGCAAAAUGCAGCUAAAGCUAAAAUUCCUUUCUAUGGCAGCUACACGGAGUCGGAUCCAGUGAGAAUUGCCGUAGAAGGAGUUGAAAGGUUGAAGAAGGAAAAUUGCGAUCUCAUAAUCGUUGAUACAAGCGGACGUCACAAGCAGGAGGCAGCUCUUUUUGAAGAGAUGCGUCAACUUUCCGAAGCGACGAAACCGGAUCUCGUUAUAUUUAUAAUGGACAGCAGUAUCGGUCAAGCUGCCUUUGACCAAGCUCGAGCGUUCAACCAAAGCGUUGCGGUUGGAGCUGUUAUUGUCACUAAGUUGGAUGGUCAUGCUAAGGGAGGUGGGGCUCUUAGUGCAGUUGCAGCGACAAAAAGUCCGGUCGUAUUUGUGGGCACGGGUGAACAUAUGGACGAGUUUCAAGUAUUUGAUGUCGAACCGUUUGUUAAACGUCUUCUAGGUAUGGGUGGCGAUUGGUCUGGUCUCGUCGACAAAAUUCAAGAAGCUAUGCCGAUGGAUCAACAACCUGAGCUUCUCCAGAAGCUUUCUGAAGGCAACUUUACUUUGAGAACUAUGUAUGAGCAAAUUCAAACUAUACUUAAGAUGGGUCCUAUGAGCGAGGUAUUCUCGAUGCUUCCAGGAUUUAACCAAGAGUUGAUGCCCAAAGGUAGUGAAAAGGGAAGCCAGACUUACAAGUUGAAAAGAUAUUUGAUAAUGAUGGACUCAAUGACUAAGAAAGAGUUGGAUAGUCCAAACGCGGAGUUGAUGAACGAAUCUCGAAUCGCGCGCAUAGCUAAAGGAUCCGGCUCUCCUGUCGAGGAUGUGAAGGAGAUGAUGGAAGCGUACAAGCGAAUGGCGAAGAUGUGGAGCAAGGCGAGCAAGGGGAAGGGGCUUAAUAUUUCAAAGAAGAUUUCGAAGAAAGGAUCGGGAAAUAUGAACGCGGAACAAAUGUGCAAGGCACUUCCACCGGAAAUACUAAAUCAGAUCGGUGGCGCGGGUGGCUUGAAAAGCUUGAUGAAGCAAAUCGGUUCUUCCAAGGAUAUCAUGUCUUCGUUUAAGUAGUCCUUUUUUUUUUCUUCUUCUUUAUAUUUGGGUUACAGUCUCUAUUUAAAAUCCCCUUAUUGUUCUCCUAUCUGGGGUUCGGAUCUUUUUAAAAAAUAUUUAUUGAGAAAACAAACAAAAAA